AUGCAUCAUUUAUCCUCUCACAACUCUCAGGUCCCCGGGACGUUCACCCCUUCCACUUCCGUCCACAGUACACGUUUUCUCCCGGAUAUCAUCGAGAGCCGAGCUGCAAACCGUUACGUCGUCCGGUCAACUAUGCCUGGAGCUGUCAAUGGAAAACCCCACACAAACCAAAUGGCCAGCAGACCUUCGAUGCAACCGCGUCCGUCCUCGUCAAUCAACAAUCCCAUCAAAGACACGCCCUCCGAAGUGAUUUCGAUUUCAGACGAUGAAGACGACCAGGUGACGGUAUUGAGCGCGCCCAAGUCAAAAACACACGUCAAACGCUCAUCGUCCACAUAUGAUGUGUCGUCCUGGAAUGUCCGGCCGAAAAGCAAGCAUCAUCAUGGUCAGAAUAGUGUCAAAGAUUCCAGUUCGCGACCGAUCCUUUCUUCGUCCACUAUCCGCUCCAGCGUGGUCGCUCAAAGCCAUGGACGGAAAAACCUCAACACAAACACCUCCAAUCGCCAGGAAUUAUUCAGUAGCUCUCAAUCUGUCGGUCAACAUCAUGCCGCGCUCUCCAAAGGCAAGCAGCCAAUUUUACACGUCAGAGAGCCCCCGAAGGAACAACCCCAGCACGCAAGAACUAGCAACACCUCUCCCUCCAAGGGAAGUACGAAUGCAUCUAAAACUACUCGACCCACGGAUGUUUCAAGUACAGCAAAAUCGGGAGAAUUUCAAAAUACAAAACCAGCACGAACUAUUAAGCCUUCCAAUGAACAAAGUGAUGUUGUCAACAAGCUGCAGAAUUGUUUUAGCCACCGUCCGUCUUCAGGAUCCGGUAGUAGUUCAACCCGCAAAGAUCAAAUCUCUGGCCCAGUCGCAUCAACUCAUUCGAAACCUGCUGCAGACACAUCAAACAGGCGACAUGAAAGUGAAUCUUCCUGGGCUACUUCACAAAUCAAGCAAUCUAUGGCGGCGCUCCAAGCCCAGCGUGACAUAAAUCGUGCAGAACGCGAGCGUCUCCAGUCUCGUGGAAACACUAGCGCGAGUGGAUCUGCCUUGUCUAAAGGUCUUACUACCACGCCUAACACAAAUACACAUUCGGCGAUCGAAUCCUCCACCCCACAUACCGCAUCUGGCAUGUUAUCUGCAACGGCAAAAGUAAAAGACAACACACUGGGCAUGCGUGUCUCGAACCAACAAGACAACUCAUCGUCCAGAGAUGCCAUUGAAGCUAUUUUUAGUGGUAUUUCCAAUCGGCUUGAUACUUCUGAUGCCCCCCACGCUCGAAAGAAAAUUAAACAUACAAAUUCGCUGCAGUCGAAGAAGCCCGAAGACCGUUUUUUGGAGUUAUCCGAUUCAAAUUUUACAGACCCACCCAUUCCAUCCACUUCGUUUCUACCACCACGUCAAAACAUUUCCAAUACCACGUCUUCUGAGCCCGCCCUCCAGCCCAAGAAAGGUAGUUCUACUGGCUUGGUCACCAACAAUUCAACUUCUACCCAUGACAGCCCCUGUGCCAUCCAUCCUGUGGCAUUUUUGCCACUGCCACGAGUCCUACCUAGAACUAGGCCUGUCUCUCCGGAUUGGUCUCAAAUACCCUCUCAUCGGCGACCGUUACAAGGCCGGGAGCGCCCUGGAGAAUUUUCAGACGAAUUACAGAAAACGUGGAUACUGAACAACAAUCCGGAUCUAUCUACCCCCCUCGGUCAACUUAUUUUUACGGAAGAGAUCAACGCCAAUCAAAUGUGGGAAAAUCCUGAAAUUCCCCGAAUCGAUGUGGUCGUGCCUGACGAGGUAAAAGCACAGAUGCUUGAAAAUUUAAAAGCAGAACGUCAAGGAGACAAAACAUCGGGUUUGGAUCAAUCUCUGGCGCCGCCCCUGGAAUUUAUAUACACCGAUCGGCUGGUCUAUCGAAACAACGAGCGACCGAUCCCUCCUAGUUGGCAUUGCAAUUGCCACGGCGACUGUCUGAACAAUCCGAAUUGCGAGUGUCGCGCCUAUCAAACUCAAAUGGUCAAACAAGCUGCCGCAGCAGUCGAUUUGGCAUCGGACGCGGGUGUGCAAUCUUUCGAAGGCUUUGCCUACGUCUCGACUCGUAAAAAUCGACAUACACAUUCCAAGAAACCCGACAAUGGGGACACGGAAGCCAGGUGUAUUGCUGAUAUUUUCAUCCAAAACCGUUUUCCGGUCUUUGAAUGUAAUUCCCGAUGCGGAUGCGACUCUGAUUGUAUCAACAGGACGGUUGGAAGAGGUCGUCGAGAGAAGCUAUCAAUUCAAAAGACGCUCUCCCGUGGUUGGGGUGUCUUUGCUGACCACACCAUUCCUGUCGGUCGACUUGUCACACAUUAUAGCGGCGAAGUGAUUACCGAUGCGAUGUCUGCAGAGCGAGGCCAGCUUAAAUACGAGAAAAUAGGCAGAACGUACAUAUUCGACCUAGAUCCAUGGUGGAUUAAAACCAUCAGCACGCACAAUCUUUCAGAUGAUGGUCUCUUCGUAAUAUCAUCUGAAAGCAACAAAACCUCGGAAACUCAGAGUGUGUCGACGAGUGCCAAUAGUGUUGGCCACCAGAACGCCAACAGAUCCCUUGCCACUUCCUCAUCAACAGCCAAGAAGAAACACAGCAAAUCAAAAAGGCAAGAUGAUGAAGUCGAAUGCAUCUACAGUGUCGAUGCAUUUUUGUAUGGUAACGUAGCUAGAUUCAUGAACCAUUCUUGCAGUGCAAACACUGUCAUUGUGCCUGUUUAUAUUGACGAUGUUGACCCUACUAGACCAAUAUUUGCUAUGUUUGCAAGCAAACACCUCAAAGCGGACAUGGAAAUAACGACAUCAUAUUCUGAUCCGAAUGAGAAUGAAGUCAAAGAGUUAGAUAAGCAGAUUCAAUCGACCAAAGAGAGCCAACUUACUCGAUACGUGGAAUGUAAAUGCGGUGCCCCCAAUUGUAAACGCGUGAUGUUUGCUUAG